AUGCAGUCAGAGCAAGCAACGGACGUGACUCUGGUACUAAAAGAUGACAAAGAGAUUAGGGUGAAUGGGAACGAACUUUCAGCAGCGAGUGAUUUCUUUUUCAUGCUUCAAAACACCGACAUGGAGGAGAGGAGGGAAGGAAUUAUUCGCUUAGAACAUAUUAGCGAGAAUGUUAUGAGAGAUGUGCUAGAAUUUUGUCGCUCGGGGACGGUACACAUAACGAAUGUUCAACAUGCUCAAGAUCUUUUCAAGGCAGCAGAUUAUUUUCUUAUUCCAGUCUUGAAAGAGGCGGCUGAGGGGUUCUUAAGACAGACAUUACAACCUUCAAACUGUAUUUCAAUUUAUUAUUUUGCGGAAAGAUAUCCAUGCGGAGAAGUGGCGCAGCUUGCGGUCACCGCAAGAGAAUAUAUCUUUGCAAACUUCGCCGAUGUGGCUGAAUCUCAAGAGUUUCUUCAACUGGAAAGCCAAGAAGUAGAGAAGUGGAUUUGCUGCGAUGAAAUAGUUGUGAGCUCGGAAGAAGUUGUCUUCAGGAUCAUUCUCAACUGGACUAAUCAGGCAAACAGCCAGAGAAGAAGAAACUUCUUUGAGUUAUUUCGUCACGUGCGAAUGUCCUUUAUAUCGCGUGGCUUUUUGAAGAAACAUGUCGUGACUAACCGCUUCGUGAAAGAGAGUUCAUGCUGUUUAAAGCGCGUUAAAGACGCUUUGAAAGGAAUUUUUCUUCUAAGCGAUGAUCCUCAGCAGUCUCCUAGAACAUGGAGCGACUCACAUCUGGUCAUAUUCAUCGGAACAGAAUCG